UCUGAAGAACACGGAGGGAUCACAAGUCCCUGAAAUAAUGCGGAGCAGCGCCUGUCACUAGCACUCCUGGCUUGUGGCCCAGAAGGGAUGCAUGACAAGAUCUUCCAAGAGAGGGCAGCCAUCAGAAGAAACGAACCCAGGCACAAGGGCCUUUGGCCCACAUAUACAUUUUCUUUGCUCCUUUUUUAAAAAAUGAGCAAUCACUGGAACAAGUAAAGGGUUAAUGAGCCAGACAUUGCCCCGCCCUGUGGGAACCGGAGGGAGCAGGUUUGAAAGUUCCUGUGUGCAGAAGGGGAGGCUGGGGGGUAGGGGGCGUUAAAUAUUUCUGCAAGGCUCCCGCGCCGCCAGCGAUGCGGCGGGACCGGCUGGCCGGGCGCGCGGCCCCGUUCCGUGCCUAAGAGUUGGCCGUGAGCGGUUGCCGGCGCCGCCGCGAGCCUGGGUCCAGGCUUUCCCAGCAAGGAACCCGACGCGAGAACACCGGGUGCCGCCGCUGGGCCAGGGAGGGACUAAAAUCAGCUGGGAAGGCGUUUUCCCCUGGGCUGUUACCCUCGAGGACCCGGAGCCCAAGCGGGCGAGGGCGAGGGCGAGAACGGAGUUGGAGAGGUGGCAGCCGCCAAGUUGCACGGGGCGUUGAGGCAUUUGCUUUCCGCACUGUUUAUCUAGCAGACGACGAGGCGAUUUAUGCAACAGUAUCCUGUUUCAGCACUGCCAAGGCUAUGCGAGAACGCGGUCCGGACAGCCUGGCAGGACUCGUGCUGUAUGUAGGACUCUUCAGGCACCCCGGGAUGCUGCACAGGGCCAAGUAUAGCCGCUUUCGGAACGAGUCCAUCACGUCCUUGGACGAAGGCAGCCCCGGAGGCUCGGGGGGGAACAAGGGCUCGCCACAGCCUCCCUACCCAGCCCUGGCACCUCACCUGCCGGCUGAAGAUGCCACCUUGGCGUCCCAGGAGAGCCCCACCCCACUGUGCACCUUGAUCCCUCGCAUGGCCAGCGUAAAGCUGGCCAACCCAGCCACCUUGCUGAGUCUGAAAAACUUUUGCUUGGGUACCAAAGAGGUACCUCGACUCAAGCUCCAGGAAAGCCAAGACCCGGCUCCCAGCAGCCCGGCUUCCCCUGAAACCAGUCUGAAUAGGGCCAUGCCAGCACCUCCGCCUCAGCGGGAUGCCCUGGGGCACAGGGCGACCUCUUUAACUCCUGAUGCCUGCCCCCUUCCCGGCCCUGGGGAGCCAACCCCCGGGAGCAGGCAGGACAAGCACUUUCUUCAGCACCUGUUGGGGAUGGGCAUGAACUACUAUGUGAGGUACAUGGGCUGUAUUGAGGUGCUACAAUCAAUGAGGUCACUGGAUUUUGGAAUGAGAACCCAAGUUACAAGGGAAGCAAUAAGUCGCCUGUGUGAAGCUGUCCCCGGGGCAAAUGGAGCCAUUAAAAAGCGAAAGCCUCCAGCUAAGUUCCUAUCAACAGUUCUUGGCAAAAGUAAUCUUCAGUUUUCGGGAAUGAAUAUAAAACUGACCAUCUCAACAUGCAGCCUCACAUUGAUGAAUCUUGACAACCAACAGAUUAUUGCAAAUCAUCAUAUGCAGUCUAUUUCAUUUGCUUCUGGAGGGGAUCCGGAUACUACAGACUAUGUUGCCUACGUAGCUAAAGAUCCAGUUAAUCAACGAGCCUGCCACAUAUUGGAAUGCAGCAAUGGAAUGGCCCAAGACGUCAUAAGUACCAUAGGGCAGGCUUUUGAACUCCGGUUUAAACAAUAUUUGAAAAAUCCUUCUUUGAAUACUUCUUCUGAAAGUGAGGAGGUGCACGUUGAUGACCAUACUGAGGAGAGAAAAGAUCAUGAGUAUUACAAUGAAAUCCCGGGCAAGCAGCCACCUGCAGGUGGUGUUUCAGAUGUACGGAUCAAAGUUCAAACCACAGAACAAAUGGCUUACUGCCCCAUACGGUGUGAAAAGUUGUGCUAUUUGCCGGGAAACUCCAAGUGCAGCAGUGUGUAUGAGAACUGUCUAGAACAAAGCAGGGCAAUAGGUAAUGCACACGAGAGAGGGGUACAGUCCCAAAGAGACACGUCAUUGAUGAAGCCCGCGUGCCGAGUGGAUCUCUUCGACGACCCCUGCUACAUCAAUACGCAGACUCUUCAAAGCACGCUGGGCUCUGCCGGAAAUCAAAGUCCAGCUCACCCACUGGGGACCCCAUGGUACCGUGAAAAGGCACCAGAAACUGUUCAGCCAGGUGCCACGGCCCAGCCUGCCAGCUCACAUUCUUUGCCACACAUUAAGCAGCAGCUGCGGAAUGAAGACUGCUACCACGGCAAGCUGAGCAGGAAAGCAGCAGAGAGCCUCUUGGUAAAGGAUGGGGACUUUUUGGUUCGAGAGAGUACAACAUCUCCUGGCCAGUAUGUGCUGAGUGGGCUACAGGGAGGCCAGGCAAAACAUCUUCUCCUGGUGGAUCCCGAAGGCAAGGUGAGGACCAAGGAUCAUGUAUUUGAUAAUGUUGGCCACCUUAUCAGAUACCACAUGGAUAAUAGUUUGCCAAUCAUCUCUUCUGGAAGCGAAGUAAGCCUUAAACAACCAGUGAGAAAAGAUAAUAAUCCAGUAGUUUUGCAUUCCAACAAAUGACAGUAUGGAAGUACCGUCACACUGAUACUUCAGGAAAGUCCAUUUUGUAUUAGGACACAAAAAUAAUUCACACUUGGUUUCUAGAUAAAUUAGAGCACAAACUGCGAAGUGUAUCUUUCUGAGACCAUCAUGGACUAGGUCCUUUAUAAAACAAAGAACUAACAAAAAUUGAUCUUCAGAAAGUGAAAAUCAGAAAAGGGGAAGAGGAUGGGUCCCUUUGAAAAGAAAGUAUACAUAUGCACGGAUGUCACUUUUUAAGGCCAUAUUGCAUUGAUAACAAACUAAAAAAAGCACAAUUAAAAUUUCACGUGCUGAAGACAACUUGAAUGAACUGCUGGGGCAGUGGUAUGUGCCUUUCAACUUGAUAAUUUGGGGACAUUUUCAUAUUGGGGAGAUUAGUUCUAAAUGUCUUCAUAUUCUAUAACUAUAAAAACAUUUGCCAAAAAAGUUUUUCCUUGUUAUAAAAAUAAGAAGCCAUUUGCUUAAUAGUUAUUGACUUUAUUACAUUUUCUGUUUGGUAACCCUUUCACCUCAGUGUUAAAAUAAAUUUGACAUUGAAUUUGGACUGUGUCUAUACCAGUGGAAUCAAAUCAAGGGCCACUGAAAGCAUUGGUCAGUUUCAUUGGCCUGUCCCAUUUGCCGUUUAAAGGGCUGGAGCCCAAAUGUUUUGUCCUAGUAUUUCUCAAUCUUUGCUAUUCGGACUGUUUGUAUGCAACAUAUGACAAACUAAAGAAGCCAAAUCUAUGUCAUUUCUGAUUUCAUCGUAUUUCUCCCGCCUUGCCUCUCCCCCUCACCCUUCCCCCCAAAAAAGAGCUCAUGAGUGCAUGGAUUUAAAAGAUGGCAAACAAACCAGUGUUCUUCAUAUUCAGUCUCCAAAUUGGUUCCAUUCUUAUUUAAAGCACCGAAUUUAUUUUAAAGUAUGGGGAAAUAUCCCCUUGAUUGGCGGUGACUGAAUCAUAGGCCCUCAUCUACAUGUAUCCUUAGCACCUUUUCUAGAUAUGACCAGGCACAAUGUACCAGGGAGAAAACACUGAAUGAAACAAUUGGAAAGGUUUGACACAUGCAGGCACACUUGGUAAACCAACGAUGUAAUGAAGCGUUGUUUAAGCAAAAGCACUGGACUGGGCCUCAUUGUGACCUUGAGCAACUUGCUGAACCUGUCUGGACUCCAGUUUCCUUGUCUAUAAAAUGAGGGAGCUGGGCUAGGUGAAUUCAUAGGUCCAUUUCAGCCCUAACAUAAUAUGAAUUUAUAAAAGGCAGAUUUUUCAUUUAUUAGGGGUCAGUGUUGAUAACCAGUCUGUAUAAUUAAGCUUGAAACUGCAACUUUUUCCUUUAGUCUGUGUCUGUGCUCAUUGAGAUCAUCAUUCAGAUAGCAGAGAUCUGGAGGCUUUCAGUCAAAAACACUGAAACUUUGGAAAAAUAUAAGUGAUGGUAGUAGAAGUAGAUUUGGUUAUUUUGAGUGGCAGAAAACGGCUUCGGUCUCAGCCCUCUACCUGCCUUUGCAUAUAGAGAUAUGGCCAUUAUUUUAGAGUUUUUUGUGUUUAUUUUUUUUAUCUUGAGUUAUCUGGACAAUUGCCUUAAUUCCACUUCACUUUGGCUGUGUAGAUACAACUUAAUCUUUGUAAUUGUGAAACGUUUGCUAAGUUUUAAGUAAAAUGAGAGAAACUUCUUUCACAGAGAAAUCAUCAGAAACCAAGCACACUGAACUCUAGUAUUUUUAUGUGAAGGUUUAUGCUUUUAAUUUACUUUUACUGCCAUUGGCUUCUUAGAUAGGUUUGUUUCCUUUUAUACAACUAGGAAAUAAUGUAUGUUUCCUCAAUUUUGCAUACACUGUAGUUCUUGAUUAUUUGUCCUCGUAAAGGGGAUGAGCAUGGGUGUAAAUCAGCGAAGUUUAUGGGUGAUCUUAUUAUCUUAACAGAGACAGAGCAGGGCUGUGGUCUCCUUCUGGUUGAGCAGAGUGAUAACUGGGUGGCCAGAAGAAGUUCUUGAUAGAAGAUGAUGCAAAGAGUAUAGCUGGCCUGAGCAGGACACAUAGAUGGUCAGUGUUUGACUGUAACGGUGUGGUAGUUGGAUGAGCAAACACCACACUUGCAACAACGGGCACAGUUAAAGGGAAACAACAAAAGAAGUGUUUGCCUGCAUGCUCUUUUGAUGUCACAUCCUUAUCUUCAUCUGUCUUAAGGUGGAAAUCCAUUUGUAUAUAAAUACCUGUAAACAACUUAAAAAAAAUAAAUGGUUAUUGCUUUGUGAUGAC